UGUCGACUGAACUUAGUGCAAGCUGCAAGUUGGGUCCAUCUACGACAUCGACCAAAACAUACAUUCGUAGAGACUCCUUUCGUUCGGACCAGCGACUCCUCAUACUCAACAUAUUGAAACGUAAUACGCACCAUGUCACCAUCCACCUCACUCUCGAUCUCGGACCAUCUCCGCCAAGAACUCACCGACAAGCUGGAAAAGUACCGUCAUCUAUCUGACGAUACGCCCGAUCAAGGCACAACGAACGGACACGACUCUACCGACUCGGAACAGGUCUUGAGUGCCAUCUUGAAGUCGGACAAGAUCGCGUCCGAAGAACAAGUUGGACAGGCGGUAGAUGAAUACAUUGGAGGAAAACCGCUCGCCUAUAUCACGGGUCAACACAGUUUUGGAGGCUUGGACCUUACUAUCCGUCGACCCAUCUACAUCCCCCGAGUGGAGACCGAACAAUGGGUCCUACUACUCGCCAAACAUAUCCUCGACAACACUCCGCCGGAUAAGACUAUCCGGAUCCUCGACAUCUGUUCGGGAAGCGGAUGUAUCCCACUUCUCCUUGCAUUAGAAGGAAAGGGCAGGAUCCAUACUAUCGGUCUGGACGUGGAUGAUAUCGCCCUCGAAGUAGCUAGGGAAAACGCCAAGAGGAACAAGAUCGAUCAUCUGUCAACGUUCCAGAAGCUGGACUUGUUUAGCGAGCAGGACGUCGAGAGAGUCCGAGGGGAAUUAGGAGGGUCCUUUGAUCUGGUCGUUUCGAAUCCGCCUUAUGUCAGCUCAAAGGACAUGAAGGAGGUAGAGACGAAAUGGCACGAGGGGAAGUACGCCUUGCAGGGCAAACUGAAAGAUCGACAGCGGAAGGAAAGCGAGACCGACAACGGCAACGACGAUGAUGAGGAUGACGAUGGUUAUUCGUUCUACCGCCGGAUCCUCGAAAUAUACACCCCCUUCCUCUCCUCAACCCGACCGAGCUCGAUCCCGAAACUCGUCCUGGAGAUCGGUUCGACCCAGUCUCGUCCGGUUCAGGAGAUGUAUCGAGAUCAAGGCCGAAUGGAAGUCUACAAGGAGACCGAGAGGAGGAAAGAUUUGAGCGCGCCAAAGUUGGAACACGGGAAUAUGGUCGGGACGGAGAGGAGCUUGUGGAUCUACGAAAAGGGCCAAUGAACGGGAUGGCGAGAUAUACGAGCGAUGCAUCUACAUAUAGUCUGGAAAAACGUGAUAACAUGUAUAAACCCCUGGUCUCCUGGAUUCAACCCUGUAAAGAUGUGUAGACGACGUCGACUAUAGACCCAUUGCUGGUU